GCUGGGCUGGACUCCUUACACUGUCCGUCGUGUCCUAGGCUCUCUUGGGGAGAGCGGAGCGUUUCUUUAGGUUUCAGAGGAGCUCUCUGCCCACUGCUUAUCCAUACCAGAAAAGAAGAAUAAAAAUCUCUGGCUGCAUUGUCACCAAAACCACCAAGGAUGUGCAGCCACCUUCAGGCUUUCUGAAAAGUAGGAAAGCGACACUGGACCCUUAAUGGCUCUUCCCCAACAGUGCUGCUCUCCUGCCUCCCACCUGCUGCUUUCAUCUCCUCUUGCUUUCCUCAAGACCAUUCUGCAGCCCUGGAAUCUGUUCUUAUAAUUCAUUAGGAAAGAAGUUGCUCCACAAAUUACUACCUGAUCACCACCCUCCAGACACCUCUGCCUUACUUUGUCCUCACGUGCUGUUUGUGGUUGCACAUUGAGCAUCAGCUUUGUGCAGAGCAGACACUGGUGAAGGAUCCUGAAGGGGAGAAGCCCUCAACCUUGCCUUCAGGGAGCUUAUAGUAGUGUGUUCAUUUGCUCUAGGCUUCUGCCUUCUGGUUCCCUGCUGACCUACACAGUGACCUGGACUCAGCACCAUGCUCAUCACUCAGGUUGCAGCUGACACCCGUCGUGAAUGCCUUCUUCCAUGCCUAGUUCAUCAGCAGCCCCCUUUUCAAAAUAUGUGCAGAACCUAACCCCACUUGGGACCCUAGUGCAAGCUGACCUUCACCCCUCUGCUUCUCUCCCUGCUUAGUUCUCACCUCAUCUCACACACACAGUCAGUGAUAUCUUAAGCACAAGUCACGUCUCAUGGGCCCUGGUGGCUUCCAGGUCUACUGGGAUUUACCUCACUGUCCACUAGGCCAUCCAGUGUCUCUGGACCACUGGAGCCCCACUGGUUACCCUGAUUCUUCUUCCUUUUUUCUGCACGGAGUGUGCUACCUCCAGCGAUGGCUCGAGACUGAGUUCUGCUUAAAUGAGUGCCUCAGAGAGACCCAUCCUGGCCGUCAUUCUUCCAGCACUUAUUGCCACAGUAUAUCUGGGGGCACUGAGAGCUGCAGAGUGCCCUGCUUCCAGUGGAGCACUUUGUAUGCAGCUCUUGAAAUCUUCUCAACAGCCACAGGAAGACAUGGCUGCUCAUGUGGGUGCUUCCCGGACUCCCCAGGAAGUGAUGGAGCACUAUGUGAGCAUGUACAUCCACGGGAACCUGGGGAAGGCCUGCAUCCCCGACAGCAUCCCCAACCGGGUGACAGAUCACACCUGCCCCAGCGGAGGCCCCCUCUCGCCCAGCCUCACCACCCCGUUGCCCCCGUUGGACAUCUCAGUGGCCGAGCAGCAGCAGCUAGGCUACAUGCCACUGCGGGACGACUAUGAGAUCGAGUAUGACCAGGACGCCGAGACACUCAUCAGCGGGCUGUCCGUGAACUAUGACGACGACGACGUGGAGAUCGAGCUCAAGCGCGCCCACGUGGACAUGUAUGUGCGGAAGCUCAAGGAGCGGCAACGCCGGAAGAACAUCGCCCGCGACUACAACCUGGUGCCUGCCUUCCUGGGGAAGGACAAGAGGGAGAAGGAGAAGGCGCUGAAGCGGAAGAUCACCAAGGAGGAGAAGGAACUGCGGCUGAAGCUGCGGCCCCUGUACCAGUUCAUGUCAUGUAAGGAGUUUGACGACUUAUUUGAAAAUAUGCACAAGGAGAAGAUGCUGCGAGCCAAGAUCAGAGAGCUGCAGCGGUACAGGCGAAACGGAAUCACCAAGAUGGAAGAGUCUGCUGAGUAUGAAGCCGCCAGGCACAAGCGGGAGCGAAGGAAAGAGAACAAGAACAUGGCUGGCUCCAAAAGGGGCAAAGAGGAGGGCAGAGAUGGCGAGUUUGCAGCCAUCGAGAACCUUCCUGGGUUUGAGCUCUUGUCAGACCGUGAGAAGGUGCUCUGCAGCUCUUUGAACUUGAGUCCAGCGCGCUAUGUGACGGUGAAGACCAUUAUAAUCAAAGACCACCUCCAGAAGCGGCAGGGAAUCCCCUCCAAAAGUCGCCUUCCCAGUUAUCUGGACAAAGUCCUAAAGAAAAGGAUUUUAAACUUCCUUACAGAAAGCGGGUGGAUAUCCAGGGAUGCCUCCUGAACAAGGGUGUCCUGGAGCGUCCCCAGACACUUCUAAGGCUGGAGCGAUGCUCAAGUAGCUUGUGAGCCAAAUGGCAUGGGGGGAGGGAAGAGGAACCGCCUUUUCCCCUGUUGCUCUUUUUAAACAAAUUGAGUUCCUUUUUUUAAGAUGUAAAAAUCUUUUCAUGGUCCUCUGAAAGAAGCAAUAGUAACAAUCUUAUAUUGGAUCAUGGGGGAGACAAAUAUGUUUCUAUUUUAACUUGGUCCUAAAAGUAACCCUUGAAGAUAAUGAUUUGCCUUUGCGUGUUCCGUUUGGAGACUGUUAAGAGAUUGGAUGAUUUCCUUGUCUUUCCUGAGCCACCUUCCCUUGGGGUGCAAAGCUGUGGGUGCAGGGAGUGACAUUUUCCUGCUGGGCCGCCAGCCACCCAUCAGCUUUCCCUGGUGACACAAGCUCUUCUCAGGCAGGGCUGCUAUAGGCGCCCCUUUUCUGAGCCCACUGAUGCCCCCCCCACGACACCCCACAUGGCCCGGGGCACGAGGCACUUUAUAGAGGGGCCCAUGGGACGCAGACCUGCCCCUGUGUAACAGAUGAAGAAGAUGAGGCCAGAGAGCACCAGGAGGUUUCCUUACACACUUGAGGAAGAAGCCUUGUUUACACAGUUGAUCACGUAAGCUUCCACUUAGCUGUCAGCAGUGGCCAAGUGUGAGUUUGCAGCUCCCAAAUCCCAAAUUCUGCCUCUUUGUAGUCUGAGCCCAGCCUGCUGCCCACUUGGGGAUAUCCCCUGGGUGCAUCCUUGUCUUAUCCCAAGGAUGGGAACCCUGGAGUGGGAGGGUCACAGGACUAGUGGGAACUGCCUGGCUUCCGGAGGUGCCCCUUGCUGUUGUGACUACUUGUAGUGCAUUUGACUUGGAAGAUCCCAUUUUAAAGAGUUCCAGGCCAAGUGCUCAGGGUUCUGAGUUCUGGCAUUAGCUUCCUCAGGAUUCUUCUCAGUUACAAGUCCUCUUCUCACAGAAAACAAUGACCAUGCUAGCCCAGCUAGGCCUGCUCCCGUUGGCUGGGCAGAGCCAUAGUUUCAGCCCACACGGGUCCUGGCAAGUGUGGCGGUUCCCGGCUGUGUCUUGGGGCUACUGUGCUGCUUCCUGCUCGCCCUCUUGCAUCUGACUCAAAAAUGGCUCCUUCCCAGCCCAACCGAAAAGCUCGUUUCUGGGGCCUUCUUCAAGGACAUACACGGUACCUUCCUUUUAAACUUGAGGAAGUCGCUUGUCUUCCAGCUGCUCAGGGUUCUCAUGCCCAGACCCUGCUUUAGAGUCCCUGGAUGGCCAUAGACCCCAUUCUCCCUAAACUCAUCCUGCCCCUGUGCCCCCAUAGGUACAAGAGCCUGUUUACCUCCCAGAAUAUUUGAGCUUGAAGUACAUUAAAGUGAAGUUAUUCAAAGGAAAAAAAAACAAAACCCUCCUCAUUUCCAAGGACGACUUGAUUAUGUGCCUUUUCCUUUCUUUUUACAUCCUCUGUCCCUUAGGGUGAGUUUUUCAGCAUUAAACAAAACAUUCAAGUA